AUGGAGGCGUUGGAGGGCCUGGCGCUGGGCCCGUGCGCCGCCUCGCUCUACCUGCAGCCCCUGCGGCUCCGCUACCGCCAGAAUGGAGUUUCAAAGAUCUGGGACUUCAUGAGGACGCAUGACAGUGUGUCCAUUCUGAUCUUUAACACUUCUCGGCAGUGCUUUGUUGUGGUGAAGCAGUUCCGUCCAGCUGUCUACAUGAGUGAGAUGGUUCAGCACUUUCCUCAGGACUUUGAGAGCAACUGCCCGGAGAACUGGCGUCCUCUUGAAGGUCGUUUGCCAGCUUCGGUAGGAGUGACGUACGAGCUCUGCGCCGGCAUCGUAGACAAGCCGGAGCUUUCUCUGGAGGAAAUCGCUCGCCAGGAAGUCUUAGAGGAGUGCGGCUACGACGUCCCUCUAGCUAGCCUGAAGAGAAUUACGUCAUACCGAUCUGGAGUUGGUGUGACGGGAUCAAAGCAGACGUUGUUCUAUGCAGAAGUGACCGAUGAGAUGAAAAGCGGCAAAGGAGGGGGCUGCCCAGAAGAAGGCGAGCUGAUCGAAGUCGUGGAAAUACCUCUACAGGACUCGAUGGAUUUUGCGUUUGAUGAGACUUUCCCUAAAACUAUGGGCGUCAUGUUCUGUUUCAUGUGGUUCCGAAGCAACGUUGCCCCAAAGCUACUGGAAAAAUUAGAAUAG